AUGAAGGACGUAGAUAGUCAAGUUGCCCCCCUCGUUGUCAUCUUGUCCUUGUGUGACUCCAUGUUACAAGGGGAGAACGGGCAGAAAAGAAAAGAGCCAGAUGAGAAUACGCCACUUAUUCCCACCAAAAUGGGAGCAUCGAAGUUUGCCAUUCGGAAAACUGACUUCCUUCUAGGAUACCAUGAACCGACGGAAUUCAUCCGAGCCCAGUGGGAUGGUGGGACUCGACCUCAUCUGAUAACCGUGUCGCUGAGACUCAUUCAUGCCCUAUUGUUCUUGGCUUGGAUGAUCUACACUUUCACCUUUCCGAAUGUGCGUUACCAUUAUACCACCUAUACGUACUGGUCUUUGACAACUCUAUUCCUCGACACUUUUCUCAAGGCCUGUAUCACCCUAUACUAUUACCAGACGGCGACAUAUGUCCCGGACGAGAUGAAUUGGGCCUUGAAGUCCUCUUGGAUUUUGGGGAACAUUUCCCAUAAUGCUGCCUUCAUUGUCACCAUUGCUUACUGGAGUCUUCUUUUCGAUCCCGGAGGCGAAGUGUCAUUGAGUAAUGGAGUGGUCCACAUUUCAAAUGCCCUUCAAGCGAUGAUGAACUUAUGCAUUGACCUCCGUCCGUUUCGGAUUCACCAUUUCUACAUUCCUUUCAUCUACUCCUCCGUCUACAUCAUAUUCACGGGGAUCUUUUACGCUGCCGGGGGAAUGUAUGACAAAGAUGGUGCCAAGUACGCCUAUUUCUUCCUGAAUUGGGACGAACCGGAAGCGUUUGCCAAGUACAUAUGGGGGUUAAUCGCAGGUCUCUUCGUCGUCCAGUGUCUCCUCUGGCUUUUGUCUCGUAUUUUCAGGAAGUUGUGGACCUUGUGCCUGGGCGAGGGAUACCGGCUCCCGCUGGUAAAAAUGUGAUCUCAGCGUAUGAUUCAACCUUAAUAUGAAUGCUUUAAAGGGGGGUUGAAUAUAAAAAACCUUAUUUGCAAGCAUCUCAGUUGAUAAAACGUAUUUUAAUUUGUGAAUGAUGCCCCUUAAGGAAUCUGACGAAGACACAGACUUAUCUGUGGAAUGACAUCCCACAUAAACUUAGGAUAAUAGUCUUAAUCCAGCCAUCUUUUCCAAGUUUGCCCAAUCCAUUUUCAAAUUUGUUUUCUUUUCAUGCAGGUGCUGACAAUCAUAGAUAAUCGCUUAACCAUAGCACUUAUCCACAAUAUGAGCUUUAGGGAG